AUGCCGAAGCGAACGCAGCGGCAGCCACUAGCGGCCAGUGCGCUGCGUAGCGCAGGUUUGAUGGACGAUACCGCUAUGCGGAUGGACGAAGAUGGCACGGGUCCUAACGCAGGCUUAUCGCGUGCACAGCGCCGUAAACUUGCACGCCAAGCGGCCGAUCCCGUGGGUCGGCGGCAAGCGCAGCGUGUCGGUAAAGGGGCCGUGAAUAUCAAUGCCGGCACACGCCCUGCUAAUAUGCGCAAGGGCAAGACGCUCGGCGCGCACUCGCUGACCAAGACGCCCGACGUGGCGCCGCAGACGAAUGUCGUAGCGACGCUGCGUCGAUUCCUAGAGUCACGUUGGAACGCGGAGGCGCACCUCCUUAACCUGGAUCAGAUGCAGCAGGAUCCCAUCCUCGCCGAGGCGAAUAUUCGGCCGCCUGGCGCACCUGGCGCGCAUCGUGAUCUCGGCACGGCGCUGUGGAAGCUCAGUGGCGAAAUGUUCCCGUCGCUGACGACGCUGUCACUGGCAGGAAACACACUAAGCUCGCUGCAGCCAUUAGCGACACUAGGGCAGUACGUCCCUAAACUCGCGAACCUCUCAUUGGAACGCAAUGAGCUACGAUGGGUGCGUGAUUUGGACCUGCUUGCUUCGAAAAAACAAGGCUUACCUGCCUUGCAAGAGUUGGUCCUGCUGGGCAACCCAAUGCAGCAGCAUGCUAUGGAGAGCGGGAAUGAAGACGGCUACCGACGCGACGUGCUCGCGAAGUUUUCCGACUUGCGCAUCCUGGAUAUGAAGCCGGUUACGGACAUUGAGCAUGGGUUCUCGCAGCUCUUCAAAGGCCGCAACGCCAAAAAAGCUGGGCCUGAAGCGGCUAAGGUGCCGCUUCGUCGUUUCCCGCUGCAAAUCAAGGCAGGGUUCAUUGACGGCGAUGCCUCUCAAGUCGUGCCAGAGUUCCUGUCAACGUUCUUUGCGACGUACGAUCAGGACCGCUCGCAGUUGGCGCCGGUCUACAGUGCCAAUGCACGUUUCUCGUACAGCAUCAAUUCCAGCCCACCACCGCGUGCUCGUGCUGAACGACUGGUGCAUACGCUACCGAACCAGAAAUCGCUGACGUUGGAUAAGUACAUGGAGCUGGGCUCCCGCAAUAUCUUGCGUACGCACAAUACCAAGGCGCUGCUGCGUAGCUUGCACCAUGGCAGUGACGCCAUUGUUGCAUUCCUCCAGCGCUUACCAAAAACGACGCAUCCACUGCAUGAUGCGUCGAAGUUUGUCGUUGAUGCGUGGCUUCUGCCGAACGUCGACGUGAAAGCACAGACGAGUGCCUCGGAGCGUCCGGACGCCUUGCUGUUCAUCAAUGUGCAUGGCGAGUUUACCGAGGCACCGUCACAGGGUGUGCGCUCGUUUGAUCGCGCAUUUGUCGUAGCUCCGGCGGCACCUACGUCGGAAGCCGUGCAGCGUGGGUGGCCCUGCGUGAUUGUGAGUGAUAUGCUGACACUCCGACAUUACUCGUUGGCCUCUGCGUUUGCGCCUGACUCACUGCCGACGGGCCAAGAAGGACCUACGAUGGCAGCACAGAGCGUGCCAGGCGCUGUACCGCCGGCAAUCGCUCCCGCGACGACCACAGCAGCGGAGCCGAUGCCCAUGCCGGGUCUGACGCCCGAGCAGCAUGCCCUCUCGCUCCAGCUCGCUGCACAGACCAAGCUUACGUACCCCUUUGCUGUGCAGUGCCUGAGCGAAAAUGGGUGGGAUAUGUCUCGCGCCAUGGCCGUAUUUACGUCGCUGCAGGCGGUGGGAAGCAUCCCUCGUGAAGCUUUUGUAUCAACAUAG